UAUGACAAUCAACAAACAGUUGUAAACGGUUAAAUACACGAAAACUUGUAAAUAAAACAUCAAAUCAAAUAAUUAACAAAUUUCAGAGUAGUUAAAUUGAAAUGCCUGAGUAUCAAAGUUGGACGUUUCCAGAUAUUCCCACAGAGCUAGCGGAUCAGCUCUUUCACAAUGAGGAAAAACUGGUAGUAGUUGGAGUAAUAGGAAAGUCAGCAUUUUCAGAUUGCAAUAAAAUGGUAGCUAUUGGUGUGUUGGAUAGUGAUCCAAGUAUGCUGGAGCAUGAGCCGCAAGAGAGCACUAUUCAAUUCUACUAUAAUCGUAAGAAAUCGAUUUUGUUUUUACACUUUCAAACAACUUUUGAUGUGGCAUGUAUGCAAAAGAUGCUUGAGGAAGAGUUAGCUCAAAAUACGUAUGGACAUUUUUUGUUAUUCAACCAGCGUGUGCGCAACCGCUUUGCGCGCAUGUUGCUAUUUGCGACACAGGUUUGUCACAUAAUCGUUUUUGUUGAGCUUAGUGUCACAUUCGAUGCUUCUUUGUUAAUGAUAUUUAGAGCACUUAAAAUUGUAAGAGAUAAGUACAUAUUGAAGUUUUUACCAAAGCUGGUCAAAAAUUCAAGUACUGGAACAUUUUUGGGCAAAUCUGCACGUUUAUGUUCGCCACGAAUAUUAUUUCUCUUUGAAAACUACCCAGACGGAUAUGAAAAAACAAGUGAAUGUAUUUCAAAACUGGAGUUUGAGGUGGAGGAUAGCAUAUACAAAAUGUUACGUAAUGAAUUCAUUAUUACAAACAACAGCGCAAUGUCACUUUUCUCUAUACCGAGCAAUAAACGCUUUGUUUAUUAUAACACUGAUAUCAAGAUGCGUGAAGACCCUUUGCUGAAAUCAAUAUCGUUGCUACAAGACUUUUUAGAGAAAAACAGCUUUAAGGAAGACGAUGAAGAUGAUCUCGAAGAUUUGACACCUUUCAAAGGUUUUGGUAAACCGUUGACGCAAUGUAAUCUAGAACGUGUUCACUCGUCUGCCGAAGAAACUUUUCUCAAAAAACGUAAUUUUAUGGAUUUAUUAAUGGACCAUGUCAAUGAGGCUCUGGAAAUGGGUUUUGAUGAUAGCUCGACAAAGUUUAAAGGCAAAAAUCACUUUGUGAUACUCCCUGCUAAAGCCUGGUACGACACAUUUAAUUUGUUGCAUAGAAUUUUUAUUGAAAAUCCAGAUAAUCCUAAAUUUGAAGCGAACGAUGGAGAUUAUAAAGCUUAUUUAGAGAAUUUCAACAAAAUAAUGGACAUUGAUGAUGAAUUCUUUAAUGCUUGCUGUGAUACGGGCUUGCAAAAAGCUUUUGCUAUGUAUAAUAAUCCCACACUCACACACUACAGCAGCACAGUGCAUAAAAAGUUGGUUGAGGAAGCGGUUUCUUUGUAUAUGAAAUAUGCGCGAGGUACCCAAAAAACAAUCAACGAGAAUAAACUACGUGAAAUGUGUGAACGGUGCUGGAGAAAUGGUAAACAACAAUGUGAAAUACUGAGCCUACGCGGAAAUCCCUGUAUACUGCCCAAACAUAUGGUUACAGAACCCUCAGAGCAUAGUAGCGGGCACGUAUUCAUCUCAACUUGUAAUUGCGGGCGAACGCAAGGAAGAAGGGAAGAUCCUUACACGAUAAGACACGCAAACUAUGAAUUCUACGAAUACAUGGCAAACAAUUGUAGCCUAUGUGCCAAAGUGAAAAAAGUUCACUUUCCAGUUUUUGAACCUUCUAUCAAUGACUACAGAGCAGCUGAGUUUGAACAGGCAUUUCCAAAACUUUCCAUAAUUGAUUCCAUUGAUUUAGUGGACCGUCGUAAUAUGCGUUCUGCUAAUUCAUUUGCUUCAGAUGAGUGUUCUCAGCCACUUACUGCUUCACAAGGGACGCAUACAAAUUUAAGUUUGGUCACCUCUGAUGAAUUGUGUAAAAUCACUGCUGACGUAGAUGGGCAAAGUUCUGAAGAAUCGAUGAAUGAAUUAGUUAUACAAGUAAAAGAUAAAAACGAUAUAAAAGCAGACGAGAAAGAACGUAGUAUUUAUCGGCAGCCAUCUACCACUGAAUAUUUGCCAGGCAUGGUCCAUACGGAGUCACCACUCGGCUUAUUACCUCGCUUUCCUAGCUGGUCGUUAGCUUGUGUUGGCCCCAGUUCUGUUUAUAGCCAUAGCACCGGUUUACUUGAACAUUUUCAAAGUGGCUUUCUCUCGGGUGCUAAUUUUCUGCUACCUUGGGAUGUACAUGUGCGUCUGGAGCAUUCUGCUUCUUGGGCUUAUGAAAAUUCACGCCUACGAAAAAUGGGUGAAGUAUUCAUUUUAAAGAUAUUUGUUGGCUGCGAAUAUGAAUGCCCACGGGGCCAUAGAUUUAUGAUGAGUUCAGCGGAUAAGGUUUUACGAGGUGGUUCAGGUAUAAUGCGGGAUAGUGGCAGCAAAAUAGUCUAUAACAAUAUGCCUUUGUAUUUUCCGUGCCCUUCACGAUCACAUAAGGCAGAUAUAGGGCAAUUGAUGCGAGUUCACGUGGUAACACCAAAGGCUCCGGUUAAUGUUAUGCUCGACCCGAAGGUACGUACUGGAGAACGAGAGUACAUUUUUAGUAUGGGCUUGCCAAAUCCGCCAAAAUUAACACAGAGUGCAUAUUGGAUUUUGCGUCUACCAUACAUAUAUCAAGGGGACGACGGACCGAUAUCACCGCCAAGCGAAAUAACUGCAGCCAAUGCUAUAAAUUACGGUUGCUUGAUGGCGGGAAUGUUUGGCGUCAGCGAAACGGAAAUGGAUGAAUAAAGUCCUAACAAUAAUUUUAGUUUGUUGGCGCUUUGUGAGCGAUGAAACGAUUUUUCGCCUUUCAUUAUUAUUGUUUUUACAAUAAUUUUUAUGUAUUUGUAUACACGCCCUUACUGUAUACAAGACUUCAACCCCAAAAUAUAUAUAGUCUUAAUAUAUAAAACAUGAAA